AUGUCGGUGAAUAAUAUAGCAUUCUGUGUAUCGCAGGACUUGGAUAUUCCCUUAAAAGUGAAAAUCAAGUCCCUGGAGGGACAGAAGGAACUGUUGAAACCAUCACAGAAAAUCCUGAAUCCAGAAUUGUUACUGGUAGCAUCCAAUCUGUUUUCCUGUAGUGACUUGGUUGUAUCAAUGCAGGUAUUUGAUAAGGAAAGAAACAGAAAUUUAACUCUUCCGAUAUUCACGCCGUAUAUUCCUUUCAAAAACUCUAGAACGUGGGAUUUUUGGUUGACUUUGCCCAUCCGCAUCAAGCAGCUUACCUUCAGCAGUCAUUUACGUAUUGUUCUGUGGGAAUAUAACGGAUCUAAGCAGGUUCCUUUUUUCAAUUUGGAAACAAGCAUCUUCAAUCCUACGGAUUGUGCGUUAAAGAGGGGGUUUGAAUCAUUGAAGUUUUCCUACGAUGUCAUUGACCACUGUGAAGUAGUCACUGAUAACAAAGACCAAGAAAAUUUGAACAAAUACUUUCAAGGCGAAUUUACGAGGCUUCCUUGGCUUGAUGAAAUCACCAUAAGCAAAUUGAGGAAACGACGAGAGAAGAGGACUUGGCCUCAGGGUAUUUUCGUACUAAAUUUAGAAUUUCCCAUGUUGGAGCUUCCUGUUGUAUUCACUGAAAGGGAAAUCAUGAACACUCAAAUGAACAUUCCAACUUUGAAGAACAAUCCUGGGUUGAGCACAGACCUACGAGAAUCAAAUAGGAAUGACCCUCAAUUAAAAAUCUCUCUGGGGGACAAAUAUCAUUCCACACUGAAGUUCUACGAUCCUGAUCAACCCAAUAAUGAUCCAAUAGAAGAAAAGUAUAGAAGGUUGGAAAGAGCAUCAAAGAAUGCAAACUUAGACAAGCAAGUGAAACCUGAUAUUAAGAAAAGGGAUUACUUGAAUAAAAUCAUCAACUAUCCUCCAGGUACUAAAUUGACAGCUCAUGAGAAGGGUUCCAUAUGGAAGUAUAGGUAUUAUCUUAUGAAUAAUAAAAAAGCGCUGACAAAAUUGUUACAGAGCACAAAUUUGAGAGAAGAAUCAGAAAGAAUAGAAGUUUUGGAAUUAAUGGAUUCAUGGGCGGAAAUUGAUAUAGACGAUGCCUUAGAGCUAUUAGGCUCCACAUUCAAAAAUCUUUCAGUAAGAUCAUAUGCCGUGAAUCGAUUAAAAAAAGCAUCUGACAAGGAACUCGAACUUUAUUUACUACAAUUAGUAGAAGCGGUCUGUUUCGAAAAUCUCUCUACAUUUUCUGACAAAUCUAACAGUGAAUUUACCAUUGUAGAUGCAGUAUCUUCGCAAAAGCUUUCGGGAGACUCUAUGUUACUAUCCGCAUCGCAUGCCAAUCAGAAACUAUUAAAGUCCAUUUCAAGCGGGUCGGAAACCUCUGGAACUGAAUCACUACCCAUUGUUAUCUCACCUUUGGCUGAAUUUUUGAUUAGGAGAGCGUUGGUGAACGCUCGAUUAGGAAAUUUUUUCUACUGGUAUUUAAAGUCAGAAUCUGAAGACAAACCUUAUCUGGAUCAGAUUUUGAAUUCCUUCUGGAGUAGACUAGACAAGAAGUCUAGGGAUACGCUAAACGAUCAAAUCAGACUAAUAAAUAUACUUCGGGAAUGUUGUGAAGUCAUUAAGAGAUUAAAGGAUACUACAGCUAAAAAGAUGGAGUUGCUAGUACAUCUGUUAGAGACGAAAGUUAAGCCGCUCGUCAAAGUACGACCAAUCGCUCUACCACUAGACCCCGACGUGCUGAUAUGGGACGUUUGCCCUGAAACAUCAAAGGUAUUUAAAAGUUCUUUAUCACCAUUGAAAAUAACAUUCAAAACGACCUUGAACAGACCAUACCACUUGAUGUUCAAAGUUGGUGAUGACUUAAGACAAGAUCAAUUGGUAGUACAGAUCAUAAGUUUAAUGAAUGAAUUGUUAAAGAAUGAAAAUGUAGACCUGAAAUUGACACCAUACAAGAUUUUAGCCACCGGACCACAGGAGGGCGCCAUAGAAUUCAUUCCUAACGAUACGUUGGCCAGUAUACUAAGCAAACACCACGGUAUUCUUGGUUAUCUCAAGCUUCACUACCCCGAUGAAAACACAGCAUUGGGCGUACAGGACUGGGUUUUAGACAACUUUGUCAAAUCUUGUGCUGGUUAUUGUGUUAUUACAUAUAUUCUAGGUGUGGGUGAUAGACAUUUGGAUAACUUAUUAAUCACUCCAGAUGGGCACUUCUUUCAUGCAGAUUUUGGUUACAUUUUGGGCCAGGACCCUAAACCCUUUCCACCAUUGAUGAAACUGCCCCCUCAAAUUAUAGAGGCGUUUGGGGGUGCAGAAUCAUCAAAUUACGACAAAUUUCGUAGCUACUGCUUCGUAGCGUAUUCAAUAUUAAGAAGAAAUGCGGGAUUGAUCUUGAAUCUAUUCGAACUAAUGAAGACAUCAAACAUACCGGACAUCAGAGUAGAUCCGAAUGGUGCCAUUUUACGUGUAAGAGAAAGAUUUAAUUUGAACAUGUCCGAAGAAGACGCCACGGUGCAUUUCCAGAAUCUUAUCAAUGACAGUGUUAAUGCUUUACUGCCCAUCGUAAUCGACCAUUUACAUAACCUCGCCCAAUAUUGGCGGGCCUGA